UAGCAUUUUUGAUGACAGUCCGGCCAACAGCAGACAAGAAAAAUAAAGUGUGUGUUCAACAAAUCACAAAGAUACUGGUGGUCGGUCGGGUUGGCACACAUUAUAAAACGGCAUUAAUAAUAAAUGUCAAAUUAAGGGCAUUCCGUUUCGACACCGUUUGUUCCGCAGCCCCCCCGGUAGGAAAUUCGUUGUCUUAUUAUUAUUUUUCUGUUUGGGCCACUAACGGAUUUUGAUGUGCGUCCCGUCUGCGUGGUAACUUUCCGCGCCAAACAACCGUCUCAAGGUGGAUAUAAAUAGAUCUUAUCUCGGGACGUGAACGGGGGCGUGGCAGCUGGACCAGGCUCACCGGCUAACCGGCGGCGACCGAUUGCCUAGCGGGCGUGUUCACGGGGUGCGCUCCGUGGAGAGCAGCCGCCGCAGCCACAUUAUCGCAGCGCCGCAGUGUGCUCCUAUCUGCUCGGAAAUCUCCAACACCAUCGGCGGCACUGGGGUCGGGUUCACCUCUGGCGGAGCGGGCGUUAUCGCGCCCAAUAUUAAACCAGUUGCGCUACCGUCAAAUCGCUCAAACGCAUGUAAGCCGUCCCAACUGGUGGUCGACAGCUCCGCAGAUCCCCCAGCAGCAGGUAAACAGGUGAACGAACGCGAACACACAGACAUGUCGCAGCUGAAGAAGACCGAGAAGGUGGGCAUCGUUGGCAGUGGACUCAUUGGCCGCUCCUGGUCGAUGCUGUUCGCCUCGGUGGGCUACCAGGUGGUGUUGUACGACAUCCUGCCCGAGCAGGUGUCCACCGCUCUGACCGCCACCCAGAAGGAGCUGCAGGAUCUCGAAUCCCAGGGCCUGCUCCGCGGCAAGCUGAAUGCUGCCCAGCAGUUUAGCUGCAUUUCGGGAACCAAUGACCUUAAGGAGCUCGUCAAGGGCGCCAUAUUUGUCCAGGAGUGCAUUCCAGAGCGUCUGGACAUGAAGAAGGCGCUGUACAAGCAACUGGACGCCGUCGUGGGUCCCAACACCAUUCUGUCCAGCUCCACCAGCACCUUCCUACCCUCCCUGUUCAGCGCGGACCUGAAGAACAAGGCCAAUGUUUUGGUCUCGCAUCCCGUCAACCCACCGUACUACGUGCCCCUGGUCGAGAUCGUGCCAGCACCGUGGACCAAACCGGAGUGGGUGAAGAAGACGCGCGCCAUAAUGGAGGAGAUUGGCCAGAAACCAGUUACGCUGUCCCGCGAGAUUGAGGGCUUCGCUCUCAACCGCAUCCAGUAUGCCAUUCUCAACGAGACCUGGCGCCUGGUCGAGGCCGGCAUCCUCAAUGUGAAGGACAUCGACAGUGUGAUGAGCAACGGCCUGGGACCGCGCUACGCCUUCCUGGGCCCCCUGGAGACGGCCCAUCUCAAUGCCGAGGGCAUGGCCAAUUAUUUUGAGCGCUACUCCAACACCAUUUUUGAGGUCAGUAAGACAUUCGGACCAAUCCCCAAGAUGGAGGGCCCUGUGGCCGUCGACGUGGCCAAACAGCUGGGCGAGAUGGUGCCCCUGGAUCAGCUCGCCGCCCGCCGCAACUAUCGUGACAAUUGUCUCACCCAGCUGAGCAUUCUCAAGAGCAAGCUCAACAAGCAAUAGAUUUCAUAGUUGUUUUGUUUUUUUUUUUGUUUUGAAUUUAAUUUCGAUAUAAACGACAGUGAAAAAUGCUCUUGGAGCUAAAGGA